UCAUGUCAUAUUCAAGACAAACUGACAAACCAGACAAAAACAGACAAGAUCGAUCAAGGUCAAGAGAGAGUGGAAGUAAAGUCGUGUCAAAUUCAAGACAAACUGACAAACCAGACAACAACAGACAAGAUCGAUCAAGGUCAAGAGAGAGAGUCAGGUCAUGUUCAAGACUGACAGACUAUAGCCAAGACAGAUCAAGGUCAAGAUCUAUGUCAAGACAGACAAAGGACGAGACAGAUCAAGAUCUAUGUCGAGACUGACAGAUGAAAGAGGAAACAGGUCAAGAUCUAUGUCUAGACAAUCCGACUAUAGACAAGACAGAUCAAGAUCUCUGUCAAGACGGACAGAUGAAAGAAGAAAUAGGUCAAGAUCUAUGUCAAGACGGUCAGACUAUAGACUAGACAGGUCCAGAUCUCGGUCAAGACAAACACACAGGACACUAAACAGGUCACGACAGAUGGACAGUAGACGAGACAGAUCACGAUCAAGGUCAAGACAGACGGACAAUAGACGAGACCGAUCAAGGUCAAAACGAGACAGGUCGAGACAGUCAGACAAUAGACGAGACUGCAUGACGUCAAGACAUAAGGACAGCAGACUACCCAGCUUGACGUCAAGACGGAAAUCCAGACAGAGUGACAGCACUCCAGCUAGACUGAAUGACGGACAAACCCCAUCAGCAUCAAGACAGAGAGACGGUAAAAAUGCACAAAAAAGUUCUGAUGGCUUUCCCAUGCCUGAGGCCAAAUUUCAGAGAAAAGUGUUCCAACUCUUAUUGGAAUUGAGGACGGGGCUUAAUGAUCUGGCUGGGAGACCUAUACAAAAUGUAGGUGCAGGUGUAUGUCCUUUGCCUGACUUAUUAACAUCAAAGGCAGACACAGAAGAAGACUUCAACAAUAUAAAUGAAUUGUUGAAGAGACCCCAAGAAAAAAAGACCAGGAUAGAACAUCUGAAAAGGAUAGGGGGCAGUGAUUAUAAAGACAAUGUCCAGAAAUUUUUGCGAAGAGUAAUGUCCAAUGAACUCAUGGCAAAAUACAACAUGAAGGGAAACCGUGGAAAAUUAAAUUUUGAAUCCACAGAAAUAUGCAAGGUUAUUGUGACUGCAGCAUACCUGAAGUAUGCACCUGACAGAAUGGGAGGAGGUGGGCGUAAGAAAAAAGCUGAUGCAGCAGCAGGAAUAGUAGCGGCCAACAAUGGAAAUGGAGAGGCCAACAAUGCAAAUGGAGCGGACAAUAAUGGAAAUGGAGAUGCCAAUAAUAGAGAUGGAGCUGAUGAUAGACAAUGA